AUGAGUUCUGUAGAGGAACUAAGUAAGCUUUUCAGCGAGAUCGGGUUCGAGGAACCUAAGGUCAAGGAAAUUGUAAAGAACAAGAAAGUCUCAGGGUCACUAGAAUCGUUGAUCAAUGAAUGUCCUAACAACUACGAGUGGGACAAAUCGAGCAGGACUUUAAUGCACCAGCUAGCUUCGCUGAUCAAGGGUACUGAGCUUCCUAACCAAAAGCUUAUCGUAAACGGAAUUCUUUCUGGAGACCUAAAGACGCCAUUACAAGUGGACGCAGCGUUCAAGUACAUUAAGGACGCCAAGGAAGACGCUACUGAGGAAAACCUCAAAAAGGAAGCAGGCGUGGGAAUCGUGGUAACUGAGUCUCAGGUAAGAGAGGGAGUUCAAAAAUACAUUUCUGAUCACAGAGAUGAUAUUGUUACCCAGAGAUACAAACUUGUUCCUGGCAUUCUUGCCAAUGUCAAGGGUUUGCCUGAGCUGAAGUGGGCCGAGCCUCGUUUGUUCAAGCCAAUUAUCGAUGAGGAGGUUUUGAAGCUUCUUGGUCCAAAGGACGAGCGGGAUGUUGUCAAAAAGGAGAAGAAGAAAAAAGGUAAGGAGGCUAAGGGCGGUGCCCCUGCUGAGACGGCGGGUCCAAAGAGAACUAUGUUCACCGAAGGUUUCUUAGGCGACCUACAUAAGGUAGGUGAAAACCCUCAGGCUUACCCAGAGCUCAUGGCAGACCACCUCAAGGUCACUGGGGGGAAAGUGCGUACCAGAUUUCCUCCUGAGCCUAACGGGUAUUUGCAUAUUGGCCACUCAAAGGCUAUCAUGGUCAACUUCGGUUACGCAAAGCAUAACGAUGGUGUUUGUUACCUGAGAUUCGACGAUACCAACCCUGAAGCCGAAGCCCCAGAAUAUUUUGAGUCGAUAAAGAGCAUGGUUUCAUGGUUAGGUUUCAAGCCCUGGAAAAUCACCUACUCUUCUGAUUAUUUCGAUAAGCUUUACGAGCUUGCUGAGAAGUUGAUCACUAAUGGAAAGGCUUAUGUUUGCCACUGUACCGCCGAGGAAAUCAAGCGCGGCCGUGGUAUAAAGGAGGACGGGACCCCAGGUGGUGAAAGACAUGCGUGUGUGCACCGUGGGCGUUCUGUCGAAGAAAACUUGGCCGAGUUCAGGAAAAUGCGCGACGGCGCUUACAAGCCUGGUGAGGCCACCCUCAGAAUGAAGCAAGACCUUGAGUCCCCAUCGCCUCAAAUGUGGGAUCUAAUUGCUUAUAGAGUUUUGAACGCUUCUCAUCCAAGAACUGGGGACAAAUGGAAGAUCUACCCAACCUAUGACUUUACUCACUGUUUAGUCGAUUCUUUCGAAAACAUUACCCAUUCGUUGUGUACUACAGAGUUUUACCUGUCGAGAGAAAGCUAUGAAUGGUUAUGUGACCAGGUACAUGUGUUCAGGCCAGCGCAAAGGGAGUACGGGAGACUGAAUAUUACUGGUACCAUCUUGUCAAAGAGAAAAAUUGCAAAGUUGGUUAACGAGCACUAUGUUAGAGGCUGGAACGACCCUCGUUUAUUCACGCUGGAGGCGAUCCGUAGGCGUGGUGUUCCACCUGGGGCUAUUUUGUCUUUUAUUAACACACUCGGAGUUACCACCAGCACCACUAACAUUCAAGUUGUCCGUUUUGAGUCGGCUAUUAGAAAGUACCUGGAGGAUAACACUCCUCGGUUGAUGAUGGUCUUGGAUCCCGUGGAAGUUGUCGUUGACAACUUACCUGAAGACUAUGAAGAGCUAGUCACCGUUCCUUACAGACCAGGAACACCUGAGUUUGGUGAGAGACAGGUGCCUUUCACUGGCAAAUUCUACAUCGAAAGAUCUGACUUUUCUGAAGCUACCGAUGAUAAAGAAUUUUUCAGAUUGACCCCUAACCAACCUGUAGGAUUGAUUAAGGUGCCAUACACUGUAUCCUACCAAUCCGUGGAUAAAGACUCAAACGGGAAAGUCAUCAGAAUUCAUGUGAAGUAUGACAAUGAGGACGCCAAACCAAAGAAGCCUAAAACUUAUAUCCAGUGGGUUCCUGUUUCUAGCAAAUACAACUCUCCUGUACGUAUUGCCGAAACAAGAGUUUACAACCAGCUCUUCAAGUCUGAGAAUCCAUCCGCCCACCCUGAAGGCUUCUUGAAUGACAUCAACCCCGAAAGCGAACUUGUCCAUGGCAACUCUGUUGUUGAGCACAACUUCAACCACGUCAUUGAAAAAUCUCCAUGGGUCGUCGACAGUGCCAAGGAAUCUGAAUUCUACGUCGAGGAGCAGCACGGUCGCAAGGAAGUCUGCAGAUUCCAAGCCAUGAGAGUCGGCUACUUCACCCUUGACUUAGAAAGCGAAAGUGACAAGAUCAUUCUGAACAGAAUUGUGAGCUUGAAGGACAGCACCAAAUAA